AAGCGUCACGCACCUGGUAAGGCACGACAGCAAGCACCUUCAGGAUCCUUAAGGGGCAGGCAAGCGCUGUAGACCAACGGAUCUGAGGGACAGUGAGCGCUGGUGCAUCUUUCUUUCAUUCUCUGUCGUUAGUUGAACUUCCUGCAAGCGCCGCCAUGAUGCGAGGCUUCAUUCUUCUCCUGCUUGUCGCCUCAUCUGCGGCAAUGAUAACACCUCAGAUGAUGGCUAAUCCACCUACACCUCCUCAGGGUCCACCUAUGGGUCCACCAAUGGGUCCACCUCAGGGUCCACCUAUGGGUCCACCUAUGGGUCCUCCUAUGGGUCCUCCUAUGGGUCCACCUCAAGGUCCACCAAUGGGUCCACCACAGGGACCCCCUAUGGGCCCUCCUCAGGGACCACCUCAACCUCCUAUGAUGGGCGGAGGCUACGGAGGUCCUCAACCACCAUACGGAGGGCCCCCUGCCGUGGAUCCUAACAACUAUGGCCAGCAGCCAGCUCCCGGGAUGGACCCCGGCAUGGGAUAUGGAGGUGGCAUGUUUUUAACUGGAGACAAGUUCAAAGACAGACGACUGUUCGAGCUCCUGUACAACCCAGCGACGGGCCGACCACGAGAAAUUCCACAUCUUCCUCCUGUCUACCCCGGAGGCAUGCCUUAUCAGUGGAGCUUGCCUGAUUACCACAAAGAUAUGGUCGUGCAUUUCCUCGAAAAUAAAAUCCGUAUGAGAGGUACUCCACCAACGCCGAGCGAAGCUGAGAUUUUGCGUUUGGUGGGUGACCCACUGAUGGAAAUGAUGCCUAUGCCUAUGCCUGGUUAUGGACGUCCUAUGUACCAAACUGGAGGCGCAUGGUAGAGUGGAGCAACAACCUCCAUCUGACCGAUGUGCAGCGAUCAUCACCAUCAGUCUCUGGGUCGUUGUCAUACUUAUUUCAUCAAAUUAGUGCUGACCAGUACAUAACCAUGGCAUGUCGACACAAAUAAGAGAGACCUAACAACGAAUCUGUGUCCAAUCUGCUACAUCAAGAAGCUAUCCCAUUGUUCUCUGUGCUUUGACGUUAGAGUAGAUGGAUGGUUACAGGCAGCAAUUUUGUUCGACAUGCUGGAACAAGACUGGCAUUUGUAAAGUGGUCUUUCAAUAUCGCGAAGAAAAGUUGAGACAGUUCACAGGACCAGAGCAUGUGUUAGUAUCAAGCUAUGUAUUUCCAUGUUUCCUACACUGCUCAACUUCUCUCCUCAAAAUAAGAAAAAGAAAUAAUAACAUUGAAAAUAAUAGAUUUAUUUAAUACUUAUCUUAGUCAAAAUACAUUUGUCCGUGUGAUUGUAAGCUGCUACUUUACUACAAGAUGAUGCAUAAGAAGCUCACUAGAUUUGAUUUUUGGGAGGUGGGGGGAAAUAAACAAGACUUUAUGCAGCUAUAAAUAAAAGUAUCACAUGCCAAGAUACACUGUUUGUAACACCGACUCCAUAUUCAAGAUUUAUCAAAAUGUGUUAAGUUUUGCUUCUAUAACACCUGCUACUUCAGAUAUUCUAAGAUUGAGUCAAUUCCUCAAAGUGUUUGUUCAAUAAAAGUUUCUGUCGGUGAAAGCUGGA